AUGUUUAGGCUUUCCCCUUCGUCAACUGCUCGACAUCAUGUCGAUCAAGUUGGCACCAUCCUUUCAACCCAAACUGCGGCUCCAGGUCAAGCCUUCAAUGGAAUUGGGCCAGUUUCGUGUGGUUUGGGUACGAACCUGCCAGUUUCACUUCAUAUUGGUGAUUACAAAGUUUGGGAUUAUCUCGCUGAGGUGAUGUCAAGAGGAUGGACGGAUGCUGGUCCGUUCAGACUGUCGCCUGCCUAUUCGUUGUAUCUAGCAUCAAGAUUCUUCCAUUCACACUCAAAAGCGUAUUUGGUACAGUUCUUCACACGCAUUGCUCAUCAUUUAAACCAGAUCUCACAGGAAUGCACCUCUCGAGAUGAAUUGUUGUUCUGGUUGGCGAAUGCAAGCGAGCUGUCAUUCCUAGUAGACAGAGAUCAAGAUUUAGCGGGUCAGUUAAUAACAGCUAUGGAGAAUGUAUUCCGAAGGUUGUGUACAGUGUUAGUUGGUGCACUUCGACCCAGUUGUAAAAAAAUGUUGGACGUCACAAUUCCUGUUGAAGACGGAAAUGAGUUGUUAUCACUACUUGACGGCACUAUGCGUGCAGCCCGAUCGUCUCGCCUUAACGCAGCGUUAACAAUACAGCUAUGUAGCCAUGUACUACACGCCAUAAAUGCGACACUUUUCAAUACACUGGUUGGGGUGUCUUCAUCGCCUGCUCAUCUGACGACACGACUUGGAAGGUGUUUGUGGGCAAGGCUCGCUUCAAUUCAUAGCUGGGCCGAACAAAUGGGUGUGGAGUUGGCAGCCGAAUGUCAUCUGGACAGAAGUCGACAGGCUGCUGCAUUGUUGGCUGCUCAAAAAAAUGAUGUAGCAGCACUUGGAGCCACCUGCUACAAGUUGAACAGUUUACAGGUUCGAUUUCUUCUUACGCACUUUUCGGCAGAGGACGGUGAAAUACCAUGUGACGAUGAUGUUAUAAACCGUGUAGUGGGCCUAGCUGAACGUCAAGCAGAUAAUUUGACGCUUCAGGAUGGUCAUCCGAUAACGCUUGCGGAGACGGAACAAUUACUUUUGCCGUUUCUGUUUCCUCAAGAUGGAUAUACCGCUGAACAACUCCGUGGUGUUCCGGAUGGACUUAUGCAGUACCUGUUGUCAUUACAGGAAAAAGGGUUGUGCCAUUCGGUUUCAAUGCAAGAGUCAAACGAGACUGCUUGGCAAGCGUCACAACUACAGCGACCAAGCCCACUUGUUUCUUCGUCACAGUCAACAUUGGGAAGUCUGCCAACUACACAUUUCGGAGACAGCUUAACUAGUGUGGGAGAGGAGAUUGUUCGUGUAGUACUAAAACGAAAUGGAGGCGGUAUUGGGUUGAGUAUAGUGGCAGCACAGGUGUUAAUAAUUGUUAAACAACUUUUCAAGGAUGGUCGAUUGACGGCUGGUGAUCAGCUACUUUCCGUCAACGGCCAAUCAUUACUGGGUAUUUCGCAAGAAGAAGCGGCGGAGUAUAUGGCGCGCGCCGGUGCUGAGGUUCGUUUAGAGGUUCGCAAGGGAGCUGCACUACGUAAUGGCUUGGACGCAUGGCUAUGUCAACCAAUCGAACCAACAACAGUCAGUGAUUAA